CUAAACGAAGACAUUUCCCAGAUCACGACUCUACCCCCCUUCCAACUUUUCCUUGAUACACAUAGAAAUCUUCGAGGAUCGCCCGACAAGAAAAGAUUAUCCAAGAUGUCGGACGUAGAAGACAACACCCCCGAGGUCGCCGAUGUUGUUGAGGUUUCCGGCGAUGCCCCCAAGGGCCAGAUGUCCAUUCUCGACGCUCUCAAGGGUGUCCUGAAGCUCUCUCUCAUGCACGACGGUCUCGCUCGUGGUCUCCGUGAGGCUUCCAAGGCCCUCGAUCGCCGACAGGCACACAUGUGUGUCUUGAACGAGAACUGCGAGGAGGAGGCCUACAAGAAGCUUGUUGUCGCUCUCUGCAAUGAGCACAACAUCCCCUUGAUCCAGAUCCCCGACGGAAAGCAGCUCGGCGAGUGGGCCGGUCUCUGCGUUCUUGACCGUGAGGGUAACGCCCGCAAGGUCGUCAACUGCUCUUGCGUCGUCGUCAAGGACUGGGGUGAGGAGUCUCAGGAGCGAUCUAUCCUCCUCAACUACUUCCAGACCGAGCAGUAAGGGCCUUUAAACGGUGUAUGAUGUGAAGGGAGAGGAUUAGAGGUGCGGACUUGACUUUGUUUCGAGGCCGCUCGACACGACUUUUCGCUUGUACUCUAGCCACUUCGGUUGGCAUCUAAAACGGUUUAGGCCUCGUAUCUCAUGGCCAUAUUGCAUUUGAGAGGAAUAAAAAAAAAUUGGGCAUCAAAUUAGAUUCUCAACUUGUCUCUUGUGCUUCUGUUGUAAUUGUCAUGCAGGUUUGACGUGACUAUGCUGUGCCAUCUACUUCCGUCCCUCGACCUCCCAUAAU